AUGUCGUGUUGUGACCUGGCUGCGGCCGGACAGUUGGGCAAGACGGGCAUCAUGGCCUCGGAUUGUGAGCCAGCUCUGAACCAGGCAGAGGGCCGAAACCCCACCCUGGAGCGCUACCUAGGAGCCCUCCGAGAGGCCAAGAAUGACAGCGAGCAGUUUGCAGCCCUGCUGCUAGUGACCAAGGCAGUCAAAGCAGGUGACAUCGAUGCCAAAACUCGGCGGCGGAUUUUUGAUGCCGUGGGCUUCACCUUCCCCAAUCGUCUCCUGACCACCAAGGAGGCGCCAGAUGGCUGCCCCGACCACGUCCUCCGAGCCCUGGGUGUGGCCCUGCUGGCCUGCUUUUGCAGUGAUCCCGAACUGGCCGCCCAUCCCCAGGUCCUAAACAAAAUCCCCAUCCUUGGCACCUUCCUCACAGCUAGGGGGGACCCUGACGAUGCUGCCCGCCGUUCCAUGAUCGAUGACACCUACCAAUGCCUGACGGCUGUGGCAGGUACACCCCGCGGGCCCCGGCACCUCAUUGCCGGUGGCACGGUGUCUGCCCUGUGUCAGGCAUACCUGGGGCACGGCUACGGCUUUGACCAAGCCCUGGCACUGCUGGUGGGGCUGCUGGCUGCCGCGGAGACACAGUGCUGGAAGGAGGCGGAGCCUGACCUGCUGGCGGUGUUGCGGGGCCUCAGUGAAGAUUUCCAGAAAGCCGAAGAUGCCAGCAAGUUUGAGCUCUGCCAACUGCUGCCUCUCUUUCUGCCCCCGACGACAACCGUGCCCUCUGAAUGCCUCCGGGAUCUGCAGGCCGGGCUGGCACGCAUCCUCGGCAGCAAGCUGAGCUCCUGGCAGCGCAACCCUGCACUAAAGCUGGCAGCCCGUCUGGCGCACGCCUGUGGCUCCACUUGGAUCCCGGCGGGCAGCUCCGGGAGCAAGUUCCUGGCCCUGCUGGUGAAUCUCGCCUGCGUGGAGGUGCGGCUGGCACUGGAGGAGACGGGCUCAGAGGUAAAAGAGGAUGUGGUGACUGCCUGCUAUGCCCUCAUGGAGUUGGGGAUCCAGGAAUGCACCCGCUGUGAGGGGUCACUGCUUAAGGAGCCACAGAAGGUGCAGCUUGUGAGCAUCAUGAAGGAGGCCAUCGGGGCUGUCAUCCACUACCUGCAGCAGGUGGGGCCGGAGAAGCAGAAGGAGCCCUUUGUGUUUGCUUCGGUGCGGAUCCUGGGUGCCUGGCUGGCCGAGGAGACCUCAUCCCUGCGCAAGGAGGUCUGCCAACUGCUGCCCUUCCUCGUUCGCUAUGCCAAGACCCUCUAUGAGGAGGCUGAGGAAGCCAAUGACCUCUCUCAGCAGGUGGCCAACCUGGCCAUCUCCCCCACCACUCCAGGGCCCUCCUGGCCAGGGGAUGCUCUCCGGCUCCUUCUGCCCGGCUGGUGCCACCUGACCGUUGAAGAUGGGCCACGGGAGAUCCUGAUUAAGGAGGGGGCACCCUCGCUUCUGUGCAAGUAUUUCCUGCAGCAGUGGGAACUCACAUCCCCUGGCCAUGACACCUCAGUGCUGCCAGACAGCGUGGAGAUCGGCCUGCAGACCUGCUGCCACAUCUUCCUCAACCUCGUGGUCACUGCACCGGGAUUGAUCAAGCGAGAUGCCUGCUUCACAUCUCUGAUGAACACCCUGAUGACGUCGCUGCCUGCAUUAGUGCAGCAGCAGGGGAGGCUGCUUCUCGCUGCCAACGUGGCCACCCUGGGCCUCCUCAUGGCCCGGCUCCUUAGCAGCUCUCCAGCUCUUCAGGGAACACCGGCAUCCAGAGGUUUCUUCGCGGCCGCCAUCCUCUUUCUGUCCCAGUCCCACGUGGCGCGGGCCACCCCUGGCUCAGACCAGGCAGUGCUGGCCCUGUCCCCUGACUAUGAGGGCAUCUGGGCCGACCUGCAGGAGCUCUGGUUCCUGGGCAUGCAGGCCUUCACUGGCUGCGUGCCACUGCUGCCCUGGCUGGCCCCCGCUGCCCUGCGCUCCCGCUGGCCACAGGAGCUGCUCCAGCUGCUCGGCGGCGUCAGCCCCACCUCCGUCAAGCCCGAGAUGGUUGCCGCCUAUCAGGGGGUCCUGGUGGAGUUGGCGCGGGCCAACCGGCUGUGCCGGGAGGCCAUGAGGCUUCAGGCGGGUGAGGAGACAGCCAGCCACUACCGCAUGGCUGCCCUGGAGCAAUGCCUGUCAGAGCCAUGA